AUGGAUGAAUGGUCGUGCGAGGUAUGCUUUACGACGUUUAGCCGACCUGAGCAUUUGAAGCGUCACUCGGCAUCUCACGACAACGCCCGACCCCAUGUUUGUACAUGUGGCAACUCUUUCAAACGCAGUGAUGCACUACGCCGGCAUGAGCGGACUUGCAGGUCUCGUGACUCCUUCAAGGCCCAGAGCCACCCCGAGCAUCAGGAAUAUGUGAAUCCAAAUGAGAUACACCAGCCCAAACGAGUUUGUCUUGCAACAGACUUAAAUGGAAAUGCCGCAUUACCAAUUACGGAUGAUACCAAGGUCCUCGGCUCUACAAUUCCUCUGUUCAACCUUUCAACAAUCCCCGGUGACCAUUCGUUGGAACCUGAAAGCCAGAACGAGAACAGUGUCUCGUACCAUACAAAUGACACUCCAUCUUUCCCUGAACCUUCUCUUGAACCGACGCAGUUAUUGCAAAACAUGCCAUCACCUCUCGAUUUCUCGACUCUGGACCUUCUCUUCUCUUCUCAGAUAACCUCGGAUAUCAUCCAAGCCGAAAGACUAGAGCAUCUUGCAUACUUCACAAGCUCAAUGGGAAUGUCCACAUUUACAGACCCUGAAUCGUUCCGAUGGAGACAGAAUUUGGUUGCAAAUGCUUACGAGGAUAAAGCUACCUCAACAGGGCGACAAGCCUCCAAAGCACAACAGGGAAGAGCCCCACUACCAUUGUCUGAUCCUUUAGUCUCGAAGUCCCUAGAGCUACUACGAAACCUGCAAAAUAUCAUCUGCCACAAACGGAACAACGACGUGAUCACAUUUGACUGGUCAUCUGAAGCCCACGACCAGUGCCAAAUAUUCUUCUCAACGCCAAAUAUCCGUCGUUUUCUGGAAUAUUUCUGGUCUCUCUGGUACCCAAAUUGCCCUAUUAUCCACAAGCCGCUUUUCAAUCUACACACCGCGAUACCUGCAUUACUCUCGGUGAUGGUAGUUAUUGGGGCUUGUCUAUCUCCUUAUCAAGAAGACGCCAAGGCGGCUAGAAAGUGGUUUGAUAGCGUAGAGGAACUCAUCUUCUUGCAUGAGUGCUUCCGGAAUCAUCCUUCACCUAGAAGCAAUGAUCAGGUGUGGAAUAAGGAAAGACUGCAGAGUCUCCAGGCUGGAUAUCUAGUUUGCUCGCUGCAAAAACGAGAAGGCCCUGGGGAAUCACAAGCAAGGAUCAGGCGGUAUCGUCAUGCGUCGAUGGUGACUCUCGCAAGGCAUAUCGGAAUUGGGCAUGCUUCCCAUAAACGUCUGAAAGUCCAUGAUAGGUUGCAGGAGUGGUGGCAACAAUUUGCAGAAGAGGAGGAAAUGAUGAGGACAAUCACAUUCAUCUUCCUUAUCGAUGCAGCACUUGUGAUAUUACACAACUCACCCCCUCGAAUUAUGGUAUCCGAAUUGAAAAUGGGUGUCUCAUGCCCCGAGGCAUGCUUCCAGGCUGAAUCAGCGGCCGGAUGCCUAUCCCAUUUCGAAGAAUGGACUAAGACUCGGUUUUGGAGAAAUAGACUGUCAAUCGUAUCAGUUGUGCGACAGAUCUGCCAUGCUGAAAUUGAUGACAGCUUGGUUGAAGAAUACUCUAAUAUUGGGACUUUGAACCUGUUCGCAAUGGUUCAAGCAAUACAUUCUCUCAUGUUCCAUCUACAGAACUCUCUCAUUUCCGAGACGACCUUGGCUCCGGUGCAGACAGGUCUUGAAAAUUGGAGACGAAUCUGGGACAAAAGAAUACCAGAAGACAGCGACAUCCCUGAGACACCAGAGAACAUAUGGAGACUCAUUGGAUUUCUCCGCCACGCAUCAGAAUUUUGGCAUCUGGCGCGGAUUAAAUCUGCCAAGAUCAUUUCGGCGGCGGACGAUGACCAGACUGAAGAUGAAUAUACACACGACGCAUCACGAUAUGAUCAUACGGAUAUGGGAGAUGUCAAUGAAUUGAUCAUGGAAUAUCGCAGGAUGAAUCUGGGGAUGGUCUGA